GAGUUAUCAGCUAUACGCAACACAUGUUAUUUUGUUCUUGGCAGUCCAAAGAAUUACAUAUUUGUUUACCACAGUGUGAUUUGUUAUUUUUAUUCAUGCUCCGUAGCGUGUGAUGAAAAGAGCUACCGAAAUGGACCAAUUGACGUAUGAGACAGCUGUAAAAAAGGCACAACUGGUUGAGAGGAAUCCCCAGUUGCAGAUCAACCCCAUGCGUGUAUCCAUGCACCAGGAGGAGGAUAUAAUCGAAUUGGCCCAACAAAUCCAGAACGCUGACAAACAAUUGAAAAACACAACUUGCCACAAGCUGGGGGUCAUAAUGGAGCAGAUAAAAAUGCUUCAAGCCCAAGCCAUGGAAAUACUAAAGGAGUCCAAUCUCAACAGAGAUCUGCACAGUGCGGCCUGCAAUUUUACCAAAAAACCAGGACAAAUCUAUCAUCUUUAUCAAAGGGCAUCGGGUCAAAACUAUUUCAGCAUGUUAUCACCGGAAGAAUGGAAUCUUUCAGUUGACCAGACAUUUAAAGGCAGUUACAGAUUGGAAUAUGAUUUGAGCUGGACUCCAGUUGAUAAGAUUAAAGAGCAGGAUGAGAAGCUGAAGUGGGCGGAGCAGUGCAUGCAAAAGGCUUUAGACGGUGGGCGUGGUUCGGCCAUGGCAAUUGAUUUUAAUAUAAACAGUGAUUAAAAGAAUAUAUUAAAAAAUAUUUUUAUUAA